AUGGCAGCUUCGCUUGUACGCUUAGUGCGCGGAGGUCUUGGACGGAGUUACAACAUUGCAAGAACGUCCUGUCUCCUGCAGCAACAAAGCAGAACGCAGAGUUCCACCACUGAGACGAAACCCACUGUGCGGCCCAAGGAUGCAGUUGCCCAUAGCCAGUUGGCCGCGUUUGGGGAGUACGUGGCUGAGAUCAUGCCGAAGUACAUCCAGCAGGUUCAGGUGACGUGUUAUAACGAGCUAGAGGUGAUGAUCCAUCCUGACGGCGUGAUCCCGGUUCUGACGUUCCUCAGGGAUCACACUAAUGCGCAGUUCAGAAACAUGAUCGACCUUACAGCUGUCGAUAUUCCUACACGGCAGAACCGCUUUGAGAUUGUGUACAACUUGCUGUCCCUACGCUACAACUCACGUAUUCGAAUUAAAACAUACACGGAUGAACUCACACCCGUGGACUCUGCUGUUCCCGUUCACAUGGCUGCUAACUGGUAUGAGAGGGAGGUUUGGGAUAUGUAUGGUGUGUUUUUUGCCAACCAUCCUGACCUUAGGCGCAUUCUGACCGACUAUGGCUUUGAGGGUCAUCCAUUCAGGAAGGACUUCCCUCUGUCAGGAUAUGUUGAGGUGCGCUACGACGACGAACUGAAGCGUGUUGUAGCUGAGCCCGUGGAGCUGGCACAGGAGUUUCGGAAGUUUGACUUGAACACACCGUGGGAGGUGUUCCCCGCUCACCGAGAGGCUAAAGAAGCUCCGCCCACACUGGAAGCUGGAGCUGAAGCUCCGGAGAAGAAGUGA